GGGGAGGGCAGGGCAAGGGAGGGCAGGGCAAGGCAAGGCAAGGCAGGGCAAGGCAAGGCAGGGCAGGGCAAGGCAGGGCAAGGCAGGGCAAGACAGGGCAAGGCAAGGCAGGGCAGGGCAAGGCAAGGCAAGGCAAGGCAAGGCAAGGAGGGUAGAAAUACCGCACAUUCCUUAGAGGGCGGAAUAGACAGCUGUUUUAAGCUCAGCGGAGGAGGAGGAGGAAAAUUGGUCGAGAGGGGAGGCUUGGGGGAAAGAGAGAGAGAGAGAGAGAGAGAGAGAGAGAGAGAGAGAGAAUGA